CUCUAUACUUAUUUUGUUAGUCUGGCUGACUGUAGGCGAUCCCAAUGCUAGCCUGAACAAUCGGGUGUCCACGUAUUGUGGCGUUAUCGCCGUACGGUAAUUCCGGCAAACCCCUCUGCAGGUCCUGCCCCUCGUGCAUCACCUUCUCGUCUUCUUCUCUUCGUCUUCCCUUCUUCAACUGCAGAGACUUCGUGAGAGUCGCACCAAAGCUGACUUGACACCAGGUUGUUACUUAGGCAUCUUCCCUAGUUAUGCCUUGCUGCCAGACGGCUCCACAUCCCCAAUUCCAGGGGACCCGUUCUGGUCCGUUCCGCUAUCUACCAAUACACUCGAGCCUACCAGAUCACACACACAAUCAUCCUCCCACACGCGACAUCAAAACUCAAAAUAAAAGCCAUCUGCGACUUGUAUGCUACUGAAGCGAAAUGAUGUACUACAACGCCCUUGACUGUGCCCUAGCGACUCAGCAGUUUCAAAAGAGUGAUCAAAAAUCGGGGCGCUAUCAGCACUGCAAGCAACCGGCCAUGAUCGCUCCAAUUGCAACGCUGCCCGUGUGGAAAUGAUCUCAGGCCAUCCUUAUCAUGGGUCAUACGUUGUCUUUGAGCCAGAGCCAAGCCUUUUCUCUUGUUCCUCGAUUAGGAGAUGGCGCCCUGUGAACGACCAGUCAUGCUUCCGAGGAUCUUGAAUGCCAGAUCCGCCAGGCCCACAAAUGGUCACCUGAGUCUCCCGAUAAGCCGCACUUUUUCGCCACUUUUUUCCCUAGCCUGCUCCCUUUUUGCGAGUGUUCCGAAUAAAUUCUGCGAAUUCGGUUUGGUGCGUGUCUUGUUUGUCGCGUGACCGUGUAUACGCUGGCUAGCUAGCUCGCAUCUCGCCUAUCGGGCUGGGUUUUGGUUGCAUAUAUACAGGAACCCUGGUCCCUGACCACUGGAACGUUUCCGUUCGCUUGCCCACCAGCCGCGGUUUUCUGGGGCACCAAAAUUCCACCCCGCCUUCACGACCUGUCAAAUUAACCAUCUUCUUGCAACCUGUUUCAGCUUUCAAGCGCGCUCGUCUUACUCGUUAGAAGCUCUGACGCGGUCUCCCCGAAACCACAUGCCGUCUUUCACCGAGGACCACCCUGGUCCCGAUACUGAAGUAGCAGACACCACACCUAUCUCAGGGACUGGCUUGAGAAUUCCUUCGUUGCUCAAGGCCUUGCACGCGAGUGCAACCGGUCCUGCAUCCCCACCUGACGGGACGACUCUGAAACAAUACCGUGCACCCGUCGCUAAAGUAACUGCAAGACCCCCAAUUCAGCCACUAUCGUCAAUGCCUUCUGCUUUGGGCAGUCAGUCAAGCGCCAAGCAUGAUGCUUCGGUGGGAGACGAGACCGAGCAAAACUCCAAGGGUGAUGAAGAUCCCCAGAUGAAUUUGUUCCAUCAAGUUUCAGAAUGGCUGCAGCAUGAAAAGGUCAGACGCAAGAACCGCAAGGCUCGCCGAGCUGAGGCAGCGUCGUCUGGUGCUACGGAAGCUACCCCUGAUUCGGAAGAUUAUUCGAUAGAUGAAGCACCGCAAUUCUCAGAAAGCACUUUCUCUCUCGACAAGCUAGAGAAAAUUCUUCUGCACUACUCGGGUGCUCGUACCGGGGACGGCCUCUCGUCUCUCCAGCCCAUCAAGCGAGCAGUCCGGCGACGUCCUAAAGGCUUGCGUCGUGGAUCAGCCUCGGAGUCUGAUGUCACCGAUAUUGAGGCCCCCGUGCCUAGCGUAGAAGCUGUCCUUGACAAUUCAAAGACCCUCGCUUAUACGGGCGGUGCCGCAGAGGAGGAGUCCACGGAAAGUAGUACCUGCUCAAAGCGUCUGAAAGACCAAGAUGCCUGGUUGACGUUUAAGACGGAUAUUGUGCGUAUUGCGCAUACCAUGCAACUCCGGGGCUGGCGCAAAGUUUCAAUGGAGGCGGCUGGAGAUAUUAGGGUCAUCCGUCUCAGUGGUGCUCUAACCAAUGCGGUUUAUGUGGUCGAGCCACCUAAGCAGCUGCCUGUUCUUUCUCGGAGCAACAAUGGCUCUGCUCCGGUGGUUUCAAGAAAGCCCCCGCCAAAGCUACUACUACGCAUCUACGGUCCGCAGGUUGAUCAUUUGAUCGAUCGUGAGAAGGAAUUACAGAUUUUGCGCCGCUUGGGCCGCAAGAACAUUGGACCCCGUGUCCUGGGAACCUUCCUCAACGGUCGUUUUGAAGAGUUCUUCGAAGCACGUCCACUCACGCCACGGGAACUCCGGCUUCCAGAGACAGCCAAGCAGAUCGCGAAGCGCAUGCGAGAGCUUCAUGAUGGUAUUGAACUUCUAGAAGAGGAGCGUGAGGGUGGUCCCGUCAUUUUCAAGAAUUGGGACAAGUGGGUGGACCGCUGUGAGCAGGUCACCACUUGGUUGGACAAGGAGCUUCUAUCCCCGGAGAAUGAGGCAAAGGCGGCCGUAGAACUCUGGCGUCGGCGCGGCUAUGUAUGUGGUGUACCAUGGGAGAUAUUCCGUAAGGCAGUGGACAAUUAUCGGAUGUGGCUGAUUGCCAGCUGCGGUGGCAUCAGUGAGAUCAAGCGCCAGCUGGUGUUUGCGCACAAUGAUACUCAAUACGGCAAUCUGCUUCGGAUGGAGCCUGCUACGCAAUCUCCUCUCCUGUUGCCCGCCAAUGAACACAAGCAGCUUGUUGUCAUUGACUUUGAGUAUUCAUCAGCCAACACCCCUGGUCUCGAGUUUGCCAACCACUUUACCGAGUGGUGCUACAACUACCAUGACGAAGAAAUUCCAUGGGCUUGUAACAACCGCCUCUACCCCACACCGGAGGAGCAGCACCGAUUCGUGGCCACCUAUCUCGCUCACCGUCCCGCUAUUCCUGGUGGCCCUGCUUCGCCCUUGGCCACCCCAUCCGCUACUCCCUUCAUGCGCGGCGGCCGUUCAACAACCUCUAUCACCCCCUUGAACCUCGACGACGGCCCCGAAGGUCCUCUUGGGCAGCAGCUCGAGGCUUCCGGCGAGGACGAGCUUGAGUCCCAGGUGAGAUACCUUAUGCAUCAGACCCGCUUGUGGCGUGUUAUGAACUCGGCACAAUGGGUAGCGUGGGGUAUCGUACAGGCUAAAGUGCCUGGCAUGGAUGAAGGCAUUACCGAGAUGACAGCUGCGUCUGGAAAUGACUCUUCAGAGCAUGAGACUCAUUCCGAUGGCAAUGGCGAGCAUAAGACUCCGCCAGUUGACCAUAAUGUUGAUGAAGAAGAGGAGGAGUUUGAUUACUUGGCUUAUUCCCAGGACCGGGCUAUGUUCUUCUGGUCUGACCUGUUGGCUUUGGGUCUGGUUAAUCCAGAUGAUCUGCCCGCACCGAUGGUUGAGCACAUCCGGGCGCGGGCUGUCGACUAUUGAUCAGACUUGAGGAUCUGAUCUGAUCGUGUCGAUAUGAUUGAUUGAAUGCAUGAGCGAGGGUACGCACGAUGAUUAUAUUACGAUGUGGAUGUCAGUUACGCUGUACAUAGCUAGCGGUGCGCAUAAAUACUCUCAAAUUUCGAAUUGUUCCCGAAACG